UUAGUAAUUUAGUUAUGGUUAGACAAAAGGGUAAUUUAGUAUUUUCUACAUGCUACGUGGCAAUCAUAUGAAGUGUUUGAAAGGGAGGUUUUUGUUUCUAAUAUAAUAGGAUAUAAUCAGAAGAAAGUGAAAAUCCCUCACACCUAACUUGCUGCUAACUCUCCCUUAUAGGCAGCAGGCUCAUACCCAUUUAUUUAAUUAAAAAAAAAAAACACCCCACUAGUCAUAUUAAUAAAUUGGUUCAAAGUCCAGAAUUUAUUUCUAGCGUUUUGGUAGAAGCUUCUUUCACCACUCUCGAGUUCAUCAACAAAAAAGGGGAAGAAUAUUAGCAGAAAUGGGAAUUCCCAAUCCAAAUUAAGAAAUCCCAAAAAUCCCAUUUGUCAAUGCAUUACAAUAAAAGCAAAUGUCGCCAAACUCCUCUGUUCUUUAUUACACAUAGAGUUACUGAGAUCUGACUAAAUGAAUUACAGUGUAACUGUACUGUCUAGACUCUGGAGUUAAAGACGACUCUGAGAUAUUAUAAACAAUCUUACCAGUAACCACCAUUACCAGUUACAUUCAUCAUCAACCUCUUUACCUCCUCUUUCCCUCCGCUGCAUUCCAAAAAUCAAGUGUAUUUUUGUAGGGUGUACUUACUUUUAGGUUUCCUGAGGAAUACUUUACAUUAUCAAGAAACCAGUGAUUGAAGAAGGGAGGAACGAGCGCUGAAACCAGAUUCUGAGGACGGCGAUUGCUUUCAUCCGGGGUGAACCAUGAAGAACCGGAUAGGAAUUGGGUUUUUCUUACUGGGAUUUUUGCUGGUAGCAAAUUGGAUGCCUGCGGAAGUUAGGGGCUCGAUCCAUGAGUACAGGAACGCAGGGUUCAUUCCCCAGUUCAAUUCCUUCUUCUUUCUUGGUGGCAAUGAAGGUCUUUACGCUUCCAGGGUCGCCACUGAUGCCGGCAAAACCUCUUCUGAUGAUUCUAAUAAUCCUCUUGAUGGCAAGUCCUUCAUUAGGUUUGACUCCAUCUCGUUUAGGAGAACCCGUGAGGCUGCAAGCAAGCAGAAUGAGAUGCAGCCAAGUACUGGUGUAGUUGAAGCCAUAAUAGUUGAAGUGAAGGAAAGGGAUAAGAUUGGAGGAGCCUAUUUGAACUCCGAGGAUAUAUGCUGUACCCCUGCUCUUGCUAAAGAUGGCUCCUGCAAGGUUGGAGAGGUCAUAGUUCGACAAGAUCCUGACAAUCCUGGUUGGCCAAAGCGAUUUCAAGCCUCCUUUGCUGGAACAAGUGAAGAGGCCACUAUGGCUCUUGAAACCGUGGAGAUCAAUAAAACUGGGAUGUACUAUCUCUAUUUCAUGUUCUGCAAUCCUGAACUAAGGGGCACACUAAUUAGUGGAAAAACUGUUUGGCAUAAUCCUGAUGGUUAUUUACCUGGGAAGAUGGCUCCGCUGAUGACAUUUUAUGGCUUUAUGUCACUGGCAUAUCUUGUCCUUGGUCUCUUCUGGUUUCUUCGGUUUGUACAGUAUUGGAAAGAUGUCAUACAGCUGCAUUACCAUAUAACUGCUGUAAUCGGUCUGGGAAUGUGUGAAAUGGCUCUUUGGUAUUUUGAGUAUUCGAAUUUUAAUGCUGUUGGUUAUAGACCCAUGGGAAUAACAAUUUGGGCGGUUUCCUUCAGUGCUAUCAAGAAGACUGUUUCGCGCCUUCUUCUUCUGGUUGUUGCGAUGGGUUAUGGUGUAAUGCGGCCCACCCUGGGUGGCGUCAAAUCAAAAGUGUUUCUUCUUGGUGCUGUAUAUUUUAUGGCUUCUGAAGCUCUUGAGCUUGUUGAGCAUUUGGGAAACAUCAAUGACUUCUCUGGGAAAGCAAGACUCUUCUUGGUGCUUCCUGUGGCAAUGCUGGAUGCCUUCUUUAUCAUUUGGAUUUUUUCAUCAUUAUCUAAAAGUUUGGAAAAACUUCAGAUUAAGAGGAGUAUGGCCAAACUGGAGCUUUACCGAAAGUUUACAAAUGCUCUUGCGGUAUCUGUUUUGGUGUCUGUUGCUUGGAUUGGCUAUGAGCUAUACUUCAAUGCAAGUGAUCCUUAUAGUGAAAGUUGGCGAAGAGCAUGGAUCAUCCCUGCAUUUUGGACUUUGCUCGCUUACUUACUGCUGAUGGUGAUAUGUAUCCUUUGGGCACCAUCCCAUAAUCCUACAAGAUAUACAUACGCUGACGAGGCAGCUGAUGAUGAAGAAGAGGGCUUAUCCUUGACUACCAGUGGAGUAAAAGUCACUGGAGAUUUAGCAACAAAGUUGGACAGAAAGGAAAGGAAAGCUUCAAUCACGCCUGAUCAUGUGUUUGGGCUGGGGGAAGAACUUGAAGAGGACAAAAGGGAAUAAUGAACUAUGGACUAUGGCUAGAUAACAUAUGCACAAAUGUGUCUAGAUGUUGGGACUAUCCUGUUUAUGUUGCAGAGGCUGCAGAGGAUGUCAUUGCAGAAUUGAGAGCGAAAGUUGCCGCCCUAGAUUUGUUCCAGUGCAAUAGUAUCCCAUCACAGCUUACUUUCUAGGUGGUUCUGUAGAUUGAGAAGCUCAGGAGUUUGACCUACUGGAUAGAACUUUUUCCUCACUUUCUUUCCUUUUUUGUGCAUAAAAGAGAAAAGCGGUUAAUCAGGCAAAAUGCGCAAUGUGAAAGUUCAGAGUUCCAGAACCUUUUUAACUGCCAUAGAAUUGUCAUGGAGAAAGUUUAAUGUAAGUUGUGGUGGUUUGAGCUACAAACUUGGGAGAAACUUCAGCCCGACUGAAUUGCAUAACAAUAGAUAUCAUACAUCAACCUUAUGGUUUCGGAGCAUAUACAAUCGCUGUUAAUCGUCACUUUUCCUUAUAUAGCUGGUGCGAAUUCCACUCAGAAUAAAGGUUCUUGUCUGGUUAUGUGAAAACAAUUGCCGGGACAGGUUUAAGGAAGCUGUAUACAUUCAUCCUGCAAGUAAUUUUUGAGUUGCGUUGCAUUCUGGAUAAGUGAACAAAACGUGUACAAACAAUAAAUAAAACCACUAAAUUCUGACACAAACGCAAUUAUAAAGUGGGUACAGUGCACUGGUGGGUUAUAUUUAAUCCUUGUCUCAUUUCCUCGGCAACAGUCUGAGAAUCAUAAGACUUGUAUAACACAUUCCGUUAGUCCCAGCCUUCCUCAACAGAUUCAUGAGAAUCUUGUGUCUUCCUCAUGUUACGAUUUAGGCUUUUCAGAGCUUCAAAGAUUUGAAUUGUCUCGAUGGAGGAUGAAUCACCUGAGAAGAAAACAUCAAUCCUGUUUUUCACUUCAAUCCAACUAAAUCCUGGGACCUUCUUUAAUCCCUUCUGCCUCAUUAAUAUCCUCAAAUCUGCUGCCUUGACAUGUAAACCAGCUUCUACAUAUAAAUUCAGCAACUGUAUGUAAUUGCUGCUCCUGUCGGGAUCUAUCUUCAACAGGUUAUUAGCGGCCAGUUCCCCUAGCUCUACAUUGCGAUGGACUCGACAGGCUGAUAAUAAACAUAACCACACGCUCCGGUCAGCCUCAAUGUGCAUUUUCUUUAUAAAAGCAUAUGCAUCAUUCAACAAUCCAGCACGGCCCAAGAGAUCAACCAUGUUAACAUAAUGUUCCAUUCUGGGUUCAACCCUGUAUUCUCUCAUCAGCUCAAACGUAUCCAGGCCUAUAUCGACCAAACCUGAAUGGUUGCAAGAAGAAAUCAGGGAAAGAAACGUAAUGUCAUCUGGGGAGAUACCCGAGCUUCUCAUCUCAUUGAAGGUGUGGAUUGCUUUAAGGCACUCCCCAUGAGAUCCAUAACCAGAGAUCACAGAAUUCCAUGUUACUAAAUUUCUACACGACAUCUUCUGAAAGACAUGCUUGGCAUGUGAUAAGGAUCCGCACUUCAUAUACAUGUCAAUUAAUGCAUUCUCCAUUUGAAUAUCAUCCGGAAUUUGAAUUCUUAUUUUGCAGGCAUGAAUUGCCUUCCCCUUGAGCAAUGCUGCCGCAGAUGAGAUAGCAAGGAGGACUGUAGUAACAGAAACAGAAUCAGGAGUCAAGCCGCUCUGCAGUAUCUGAGGAAUAAGGCUGAUUGACAGAUCUAUGAGGUUGUUCUGGCAAUAGCAAGAAAUUAAAGAGUUCCAAACCACCAAAUUCUUGUGCUUAAUAUCAGAGAACACAGAUGCGACUGAGUUUGGUUGUCUGAGUUUGGAAUAAAGAUCCAUCAACCCAGUACCAACGUAGGCAUCAACUUCCAGUCCUCUCUUUAUAACAGUCCCGUGUAUACAGAGACCAAGAAUCGUGUUCCCUGUUUUUGUGGAAGAAUUUAUCAAAGCUGCGACUAUAUCAGAAUCAGGUUUCACAGCAUCAGACUCCAUCAGUUUAAAUAAAUCCAGAGCCUCCAUGAAUUGGCCAUCUAGGCAAUGACCUGAUAUAAUGGAACCCCAAGCAAUUACAUCCCGUAUCCCAAUGCUGCUGAAAAUAUCAAGGGCAUUCUUUAAAUUCCCACACUUCGAGUACAUGGUCAAGAGAGAACUCUGGAUUGCAACAUUAUUCUGGAUUGGUCUCUUAACAAUUUCUGCAUGCAGUGUCCUCCCAAGAUCAUACAACUCCAUCAUAUUACAACAUACUAUAAUAUCUGGGACAGUGAAUGAAUCGGAAGGAAUUGCACUCAGUCGCAUUUGCUGAUAAGUAUCUAAAGCAUCAGAGAAGAAGCUAUUGUCCACGUAAGCUGAUAUCAUAGAGUUGCAUAUUUCAACUUCUUUACGUGCAACUGCAUGGAAAACCUUUUCUGCAUCUACAAGCAGUCCACAUUUGGCAUACAUGGUCAACAGAGAAGUGCAAACAUAUGGCUCCUCCUGAAACCCUAAUUUAAUAACAUCAGACUGCACCUGCCGACCUAAAACAGAGCAUCCACCGUGAGAACAAGCAGCCAAUGCACUAGAAAGUGUUGAUGAGACUAGAACGCAACCCUCAUUCUUGGCAAAUGAGUAAACUUCCAAACUCUUCCUCCACCAUCCGCUCUCAUUAAAUCCAUUAAUCAUCACGUUCCACACUACAGUAGUGCGGUUUUUAUUCUCCAACCCGUGGAAAAUAUACCAAGCAUCCAUCGGCCUACCGUAUCUGGAGUACAAAUCAAUCAAGGCGGUGGCAACAAAAGUAUCAUGCAAUGAUCUUCUGACAAUAUAACCAUGAAUUUCCCUUCCUCUUUGAACAUUCCCGCAAUCGUGAUCCAAGAGUCCAAGCAUAAUGCAAAGAGUAUAUCCAUCAGGACUAACACCUGAAAACUGCAUUCUACGGAAUUGGAGAAUUCCCUCGCUUAUAAACCCAUUUUUAAGAAAGCCAUCGAUCACAGAGUUCCAAAGAGGAACGUCUUGAACCAGUGUUUUACAUUGGGACACAUUAUCAAACACCUGGAAGGCAUUGUAAACAUCCCCACGCUUGAAGUACAUAUUAACGAGCGAAGUGGCAAUAAAAGGAUCGAAUUGUAGACCCAAGGUGAUGAUGGUUCCAUGUAUUGCCCUUCCAUACUGAGGGCUUGAGAGGGAAGUGCAAGCUUUAAGUAUAGAAGGCAACGUGAAUUUGGAGAUGUGGAGAGGGAAACAAGAUUCCUGACCAUACACUUGAAGGGCUUCCCAAUGGCGUUCUUGUUUUACCAGAACCUGUAUUCUGGAGUUGAGCAAAGAUGGUGAUUGGGUUACGGCUAGCAGAGCUGAAAAGCUUCGGAAUUUGAACAGGUUGAAGUUCAUAUCCUCAUUUCUCGAGGUUUAAGAAAGAUAACCCCACAUCAGUAUCUAUGCAGUGAAAAGCCAUAAGUCUGGUAGAAGUUAUAGUUUGUGUCGCUGGAUCCAGGAUGAAUUAGCUCCGUUCUUCCAACUGGAAACAUAUUGUUCCAAUGAUAUAGUAGAGAGAGUGAAGGAAUCGUCUUGCGAAUUUCUACAUCAUGCUAUCCAGGAUAAAGGUUU